AUGGGAUGCCACAAAGACCGUGAUGCACAAAAAAAGAGCAAACAGAGCAAACGACGAGUCAACACAAUGAGUAUCGACAACAUCUUGAACGACAUCGAUCCCUCGGAACUCAACCAACGUAACCCGUCCAGAGACAAAUACCGCAAGGAAGAAGGCAUCUUCAUCUGGUACAAUCGCAAUGACCUUGGAUGCUCCUGGAGCCGGGUCCAGGACAAUUUCGCUCGCCAGUUUCACAAACGCAGAGGAAAGGGAGGGCUCCAGUGCAAGUUUUAUCGUGUACUCGACGAAUAUGGAGUGCAAAAGGUCAGAGUUCAAUGCCGAGGAGGCCUUUGCAGACCCCAAGACCGGGCAGCAUGGGGUGUUAUUGUCAAAACAUCGAUUAGGUAUUGGUGGAUGCUGCCGUGCCACCAAAACAUACCAUCUUUGCCGAAGUGCAGGCUCUGA